CAGACCCGCUCAAUGAAAUUAUAAAAUUACCCUUCUUCAUUCCUGAAAUUUUAAGUAGGGUUUAAGGUAAAACCCUAGAUAAACCCCUAAUCAUCUUCCUGCUAUCUUUCAUUCAACCCUUCAUCUCCAUACUCUGCAAUCGAAUGCGUCCCAUUUUCGUGAACUAAUUCUUCCAUAAUCAUGAAAGAUUUCGGCGAUGAUUUCGGGGAGUUAUACGCCGACAUUGAAGUUCAUACGAGUUCAGCUAUCAAUGGAGUAUCUGAUUUUUAUCAAUUGCACAAAAACCAGCAACAGCAGGAGCAUUGCAAUGAGGUGGGAGUGGAUGAGAAGAGAGAGAUUGAUUCAGCAAAUGGAAACGGUGAGAUGACUGAGAAGAAUUCUGAGAUGGGUAUUAAUGGGGUUGAUGAUUUUGAAGUGGAAAAUGUCAGUGACAGUGACAGUGAUACUGAUGAUGAUUUUGAUAUUGUUGUCAAUGACGAGGAUAUUGGGCAGAAGAAGGGAGGUGGAGAUGGGAGGAAUUGUCACGAGGAGGCGGAGGAUGGUACGGAGGCUGAGUUUGUUGCCGGGGUUUCGGAGAAGAAUUUGCCGGGAAAGAAGACAAUGCGGGUUGAUGUGGAUGGAACGGAGCCGAGUGGCGGUGAUUGUGGUGGGGAGAGAGGGAAUGUAGGGAAGAAUGGUUGCAAUUCGCAACACAUGUAUCUAAGAAGAUAUGGCUCGGUCUUUGCGGGAAAUCAACGAGCUAUAAGCUCUUGGAAACUCAACAGAGAGGAUGCUUGGUGUGGUCAAAAUACAAUGUCAGGCUUUGUUCACGGUUUUUCUGGCAAUGGAAAUAAUUUUUGGCUUCCAUGGUAUAGAACUAUUGUAGAUGUGGACAUUGAUACGUUAGAGGAGAAGUCAUGGACACGUCCUGGGGCUGAUAUAACAGACUACUUUAAUUUUGGUUUUGAUGAGGAAAGUUGGAGAAACUUUUGUCAUUCACUGGAUCAAUUACGCCAUCAAACGACCAGUCAGACCAGAAACAAAGUUAACAAUAGCUUCAAGCUGAAAGCUGAAGCUGGAGCUACUAAGGAAUUAGAGUCUGAAGGAUUUGUUGAAGCAGAGUCUUCCCUCAAUGGGCUUAGAAAAAUUACUUCUCAUGAGUCAGAUUUUGCUACUAAGCAGUUCAAAAAGCAAAUCGGUCAAGCCAUCCAUGUAGAAGACAGCAAUGUUGAGCGUCAGCCAUCUACAGAUGGAAGGCGUCCACGUAAUCGUGAUUCUGAUGUUGUCAUACAGAUAACUGUGCAAGAUCCAGAAGAGCCCUCCAGUUCUGGCCUUGAGGAGCCAGAUAAUACACUUGGAACUCAAUGUAAAAUGUCUGAAAAAGGGUUUGGCGUUGGACAAGUUGAGCUUAAAGCCGAGAAAUCUGGUGGUUCCAACGCUUAUGAAAUGCUAAAGAAUUCUGAGGAAAAAUUUCGAAGUUUGAGUGUGUCGUCUGAUUGCAAAAGAUCACACGAGUCUGCAGCAGUAUCCAGUCAGAAGCUUCAGGAUUCUCAUGGAGAAAAUCCGAGAGUCAUGAAAAUUCUCAAUAGCUCUGUGGAGGAUGUAGAUAAUGGUAGCAAUACGACAGAAGCAAACCCAUGUGUGGCAGAUAUAGAUUUAUCAUAUGAUAAUCAUGGAUGCACUAGCCCUUCUCCUUCUCCUUCUAAUUCUAAUACUUGGUCUGAGGCAUUAAAAGAUGAUUAUUGUGAUUCAAGAAGAAAUCGAGAUCCGAGAAGAUCACCUUCAGAUUCCAAAAAGGAAAGGAACCAAGUGGCUAAAGCUGAUUAUUGUCACUUGAGGAACAGAAGGGAUGAUAAGAAGUUGAAUGAAAGUGGUGGUAGGUAUCGUGUAAGAGUCAGAAACUUCAUCAAAGAAGACCUGAAGCACAAUGAACGGAGAGUUCGGAGACAUUUGAAGUGGAAGAGCCACAGUUCUGAAGAUAAUAACUAUCUGAUUGACACGGCAGAGCACAGCUAUGGAGUGCACCAUUCAAGCAUACACCAUCAUAGAAGUGAAGAAUGGUGCCUUACCUCUGCUUCUGAUGAUGAAUAUUGGCCUAGUUAUAGGGAUAACAAAUCCUCCUUUGGAUGUUAUGAUAGAAGGUCUGUUGAAAACAGGUUUCGGGCCAAACGAAAGAUGGAUUUUGAUCAACAAGAUCAUUGGGGAUCAAGAGAUGAAGUAGAUCUGAAUUUUCAAAGAGAGUGGGAUGAGGAGCAAUACUUUUCUGACAGACGCAUGCAAAGAAUGAGAGGUGUAACUGUCCAAAAAAAUGAUUGGCAUCUUCAGGAAAGAGAAUGUUUAAUUAGGGAAGAAAAACCUUUCUUUCGGAACCAAGAACAUUCCACGUUGAGGUUUUCUUCUUCCUAUGAUACUAAUUGGCCUAAACAACAAAGGGAAUAUGACAAUGUUCACUUUGAUAAAAGAAGAAAACAUGGCCGGCCAUUUCAAUUUAGGAAUUCCAAUGGGUCUGAGCACAAUAAAUAUGCCAGGUCCAAUCCCUUGGAUGAUUGGCAAAAUAAUUAUCUAGAUUUGGAGAAUAGACAUGAAAGACGCUUAUGGUAUUCUGGAGUAGAGGUAGGAGCAUCUGGCAGAGAGAAUGAAUGUUUGGAAAGUCCAUUUGAUGAGGAUUAUCCGCGAUAUACUUUAGAUGAUGUUGAUGAAUGCUGGAACAGACAAACUCCCACAUCUGCUCAUGAUUAUCAUGAGUGGUUUCCUACUCAUGGUGAAAGAAAGCAUCAAAACACCCUCUACAGAGAUGAUAUGGAUGAUCCUCAAUUAUAUACAAGACAUGAAAGACAUAGUAGGUCUAUUUCUGCCAAGAAGGGCACAGGUAGUAGGCAGGUUUAUGAUGACAGGGAUGCCUAUAAUAGAUAUGAUGCUGCUAACUACCUUGAUGAGGAUGACUAUUUUGAGGAUUAUGAGGAAAGAAGAAAUACCUUUCGGUCCAAGGGUUCGAGUUGGGCUGAAGAUAAACUCUUAGAUGGAUGUUCUGAUAAUGAUUUUAGCAUUGAGAAUAUGUUGGAUUCGUUCAAUGGUAUUCCAAGAUGUAAUUGGCAUGGGACCAAACAUAGAGUUGGGCCUGGUAGAACUACUAUGCAUACACAGACAAUGAAGAAUAGGUUUGGAGUGGCAAGUGGUGGUGGUAGUAAAUCUUAUUUCAAGUCUUCAACAAGAUAUGUACGUGAAGGCAUUGGGCUAUGGGCCAGGAAUUCAGUGGAAGUGCAAAAUACUGUUAGGGAAAAAAAGUUACUUGGGAAAUUUUCAAAUGCUGGAAGUCUGCCAAAUGAUGAUGCUUGUAAACAGUCUGACAAGAGGUUCCAGAAGCAGUUCAAAAGGCAACAGAAACCAGUUGAAGUUUUCCCUCACAAAAAGAUGGUGAACAAAGGUUUAAAUAGUGAAGCACUGCGGGAUAAGCUACCUAUAAUGAACCAUAAAAAUGCUACUGAUCUAGAAGAGGAUCAAAUACCUGCAGAACCCGAAGCUGAAUUUCUCAAGGUAAAGAACGGUCCUGGUCCUGUAUACUUAACUCAGAAAGUCCCUAUGAAAGAAAAACCAUUUCGUAAUCAGAAACCUGUGAGUCAGAAUGGUGCUUGUGUAUACGAUGAGAACCGAAUACUUGAGACCAAGGCGAAGAUGGAAAAGAGAAUGGAGCGCUUUAAGGAGCCAGUAUCUGUGAAAACAGAUACAGAUCCUGACCCUAAGCCAGAAGGCGAUAGACUAGCUGAAACAGCUGAAUCCAAGGGACAACGGCCAGCAAGAAAAAGGAAAUGGGGUGGAAGCUGAGGUACUGGUUUUCUUUGGUUUAGUUUUAUAUAGCAAAGACAAUAAACAUGGAUGAGUUUCAUAUCACAAUGUCACAUUGAUUUAUUCUUGUGUAAAUUUUUGGUGGAAGUUGACAGUAAUUUCAUUUGCUAUCAAUAAAUUUAUUAGUAAACAUACUCGUAUAUUUG